UUGUAAUUCAGUCAUCUGGUGGAUUAUCCAAGGAUGAGAUUGAGAACAUGGUGAGAAAUGCUGAAGUACACGCAGAAGAAGACAAGAAAAAGAAGGAACUGAUAGAGAUACUCAACCAGGCAGACAGCAUCAUUCAUGACACUGAAACUAAGAUGGAAGAGUUCAAGGACCAGUUGCCUAAAGAGGAGUGCGAUAAACUUAAGGAAAAGAUUGCUGAUGUCAAGAAUGUGAUUGCCAACAAAGACAGCAAGACUCCAGAUGAGAUCAGACAACAGACUUCAGACCUGCAACAGGCAUCUCUCAAACUGUUUGAAAUGGCAUACAAAAAGAUGGCUGCAGACAGAGAAAGCUCUGGCCGUAGCAACAGUGGAAGCUCAGAGUCUCAGGAGACCACAGAGAAAAAGGAAGACAAGAACUAA